AUGAGGUCACCAAGAAAGUUGCUCAAGCAGUUGUCCAUCUCGAGAGGAGAACGUCGUCGUCGGUCUAACGAGAAUCAGGCUGGCUCAACGCCACCAGCAUCCGCCAACAACAUCUCACCAAAUCAGAUGCCAGCGUCGCCACGUCUCAGCCCGAACGAAUGGCAAUUCGCAUUCGAUCACGUCAUCUACGAUGUCGACGGACGUGCGCAGUUCACCAAAUUCUUGCAGUCCGAGUACUCGGAGGAGAACAUCUUGUUCUGGUGGGCUGUCGAGGAGCUGAAGGCCGUCGGAAUCUCCGAGGGACGUGCCAAGUUCGAGUCGACGGUCCAAGAGAUGUACGACACAUUUAUCGCUGCCGAGUCCCCGUUGGCCAUCAAUAUCGACCAUGAUACACGGACCGAUAUCAUUGGAUUAGUCGAAGGAAAGGAUCCAUCGACAUUCCCGGAGAACAUCUACGAGCGUGCUCAAGCUCACGUCUAUCGUUUGAUGGAAAAGGACUGCUUCUCUCGCUUCGUUCACACCAGCGCCUACAAGGACGUCGCCAAGAAGUUGUCCCUUCCGCAGACAUUUCUAUAA